AUGCAGAAGCCACAGUGCGGGGCCCCCAAUCUCAAGCUCAUCUUCCUGUGCUCCGUCCUGCUGGCCGCGGGCCGGGCUGCCGUGGGGAGCCAAGCACGCUAUGAACUUGAGAGGGAGCCAGCGUAUUGGGAUGCUCAGGCGAGAGCGACACUGGAUGCUGCGCUGAAGCUCCACCCUCGGAAUCACCAGGCCAAGAACAUCAUCCUGUUCCUGGGCGACGGGAUGGGCGUGUCCACUGUGACGGCAGCGCGGAUCCUUCGAGGUCAGAUGGAGGGCGGAUCGGGGGAGGAGACGAUGCUGGCCAUGGACACCUUCCCAUAUGUGGCCUUGUCUAAGACCUACAGUGUAGAUAAGCAGGUCGCCGACAGCGCGAGCACGGCCACAGCCUACCACUGCGGCGUGAAGGCCAACGCCAAGACUGUGGGACUCAGCGCUAAUGCGGUGGCCUACGAGUGCAACACCACCUUCGGCAAUGAGGUCUUCUCGGUAUUACGACGGGCAAAGGCGCAGGGUAAAUCCGUGGGUAUAGUCACCACCACCCGUGUCCAGCACGCCUCGCCGGCCGCUGCCUACGCUCACUCUGUCAGCCGCAGCUGGUACAGUGACGCCGACCUCCCUUACAGUGCUCGCCGACAGGGCUGUGUGGACAUCGCCACGCAAAUGGUCACCAACGUUGACAUUGAUGUGAUUCUGGGCGGAGGGAGGAUGUACAUGACACCGAAGGGAACCCCGGACCCGGAGUAUCCUACCUCCAACUCUAGAAAGGGGGAUCGCAAAGACAAGAGGAACCUCAUAGACGUGUGGCUGAAGGCUAAGCCAAACAAGAGGUCGCACUACGUUUGGCACAGGAAGGAGUUUGACGAGAUUAACGCUGAAACUACAGAUCGGCUCAUGGGUCUGUUCGAGCCGAAGGACAUGAGAUUUGAGGUUUUCCGGAACAACACACGAGACCCCUCCAUCGUGGAGAUGACGGAGAAGGCCAUACAAAUCCUCAGCAAGAAUCCCAAAGGGUACUUCCUGUUCGUGGAAGGAGGGAGAAUUGAUCACGGUCAUCAUGACGGCAUUGCGAAGCUUGCCCUGACAGAGGCAGUGAUGUUCGACCAAGCCAUUCAUCGCGCCUCACAGCUGACCAGAGAAUCUGAUACACUGACUGUGGUUACCGCCGACCACUCCCACGUCUUCACCUUCGGUGGCAACACGCCUCGGGGAAAUCCCAUCUUUGGUCUGGCACCAAAGAGAGCAGACGACAAAAUGCCUUUCACCAGCAUCCUGUACGCCAACGGCCCCGGUUAUGUCCAUGUAAAUGGGACCAGAGGAAACAUCACAAUGGUGGAUUACUAUGAUGAAGAGUACAUGCAGCAGGCCGCCGUGCCGUUGGACUCGGAGACUCAUGGCGGAGAGGAUGUUACCAUCUACGCCAAAGGCCCAAUGGCUCACCUGUUCCACGGGGUGAAGGAGCAAAACUACGUGGCCCACGUCAUGGCCUAUGCCGCCUGUUUGGAGCCCUACACGAACUGUCCUCCUCACCCCCACAACCACACCUCCGCCGGGUGUGUGAACGCACCCUCGAGCUUCCUGUUUGGCUUACUGGGCCUCAUCUGGUUUUUCAGAUGA